ACUCAUUCAUUCUCUCGGCAGCUUUCAGUUCGUUCGGUGCUUGAUUCGCGUCGUUUAUUUGGUCAAAAGCAAAGCGGCGUGUCGGGUGAAUUGUUGCUAUUGUUAUCGUGGAGCUGAAACUUCUUGAGUGCUUGACUUUUGGGAACUGGUCGCUUGGACUUGGAUUUGGUCUGGGAUUUCGACUUCUACUCUGACUUGAAUGUGGGGUUGGCAUGGCUAUGAUGUUGCUGCCGCGUCUACUGUGCACAGUUUGUGCUGUGAUUUGAUUUGAUUUGUUGUUGCUGUGUUACUUGUUGCACUGUUACUCUUAACCAGAAGUUGCUGCAGUUGGAGUUGGAGCUGGAGUUGGGGGAGCAGCGGCGUUACAGUUCGUAAAAAUCGGUCAAUGGAAACGGGCUUGUAAGCAGGUGCAAUUGCCAGAGACGACAGAGAAGCCAAAGGAGAGCCAGAACUAAGCAUGUCGCUAAAGAAAGAGACGCCCUCGGAUGUGCAGCUGCAUAUGGCAGCCAUGAGGGGUGAUGAGGUGGCACUGCUCCGGCUGCUGGACAGUGGAAAGGUACAUGUGGAUUGCAAAGAUGAGGAUGGGACCACGCCACUUAUUUUGGCUGCCGCCGGGGGGCACACAUAUUGCGUGAUGGAGCUGCUCGAUCAGGGUGCAGAUCCCAACACACGCCGCUUGACGGGUACAACACCUCUCUUCUUUGCUGCCCAGGGCGGACACCUGGACGUGGUGAAGAUUCUGAUGAAGGCGGGAGCGAAUGUGGACACGGCUUCCGCGGACGGUGGCACGCCCCUGUUUGUGGCUGCACAGGGAGGUCAUGUGAAGAUCGUGCGGGAGCUGCUGGACUGUGGAGCGAAUGUGAAUGCUCGCAUGAAGGACCGUGCCACGCCUGUUUUCAUAGCAUCCCAGAACGGACAUCGAACAGUUCUGUCGCUGCUGAUCCAGGCUCAUGCGGAAAUCGAUAUCAAGCGCAUAGACGGAGCCACACCGCUCUGGAUAGCCGCCCAAAUGGGUCAGGAUCACAUCUGCAAGGUGCUCCUACAGAAUGGUGCCAAUGUGGAUACAGUGCGCUGCGAUGGCGCCACCCCGCUCUUUAAGGCUGCCCACAAGGGGCAUGCGGCGGUCACCACAGUGCUGCUCAAGUACCGCCCCAAUCUGGGCUUGCUGCCCAACGGGGAGACGGCCCUGCAUGCAGCCGCUAUGUUCGGCCAUAUGACCGUCUGCAAGCAGCUGGUCGCUGCCGGCAGCGAUGUCCUGCUGAAGAACCAGGAGGAGCUGACGGCCCUGGAAUUGGCGCAUCAGCAGAAGUACACCUCCAUUUGUGAUUAUCUGCAGGAGCGGGUCCGAGCGAUUGUGGCGCGCAAUUCAAAAACGUUGGUCACCCCGGCAACAUCUACAGUUACGUCUACGGUCACGUCCAUGCCGGCGUAAGAGCACAUAAAUAGAUGACACACAGAUGAUACCAUGCCUCCAAAGUACCUUUAUGCACAAUACGUUGGCCUUUAUGUUUAUGUUUAAUCGAGAGAUCAGUAGACGAGCAACAAUAGAAGGGACUAUUAAAGUAUUUGUAACCCGAAAAUAGUAUACAAAUUAUUAUUUUAUGUACAUUUAUAUGCAGUACAUGGUUUAAAUAUGCAGAAAACCGAAAGCUCGUUUAAGAGUCCAGUCCCCAGUGUAAACGGAGAGGCCCAGCAGCAAACACUAACAUACAAAACCAAUCAAAGAGUAAUCCACUAUAGAAAAAAGACACGUCCAAGCUAAAUUAAUUGGCCCUAAGAAUACUAAAUUACAUAUACAUAAAUAUUUAUAUAAUAUAUAUUACAAAAAUUGUAUUAGUUAUAUAGAUAACCAUCAUUCAUAUUAACAACCACUUGGAGCUUGUAUUUUGAAUUUAACUCUAACAAUAAUAACGUUAACGAUUACGAUAAAAACUGUUAACAAGAACCCGCUCCCCCCAUAAGAUAAUGUUACAAAGUCCUCUGUAAAUAUACUUAAAUAAAUAUAAUAUCUAUAAAAUAUGAAUAGAAACAUAUUUAAAAGCAUAUGUAGAUCCCCCGUUUAACGCUAAGCAAUUGUUGACAAGUGCUUUACAUAUGUUAAAACGCCUUUCUAAGUAUCUGCAUUAGCCAUUAGUUAUGUAUAUUUAAUUCUUUUAUGGUUAAUUGCUUAUUUCCUUGUAAACUAUAUAUUCGAGAAUUCAUUCCGUUCUUUCAUUGUUUUAGAUUUAAGUAUAGUCUUUGACCCAAUUUUUGCAAACUAAAGAGUAUAAUAAAUUGACACAAAAUUAGUGGAAAAAUGU